CGGAAGCCAGAAGAGGAUGCUGACUGUAUUGCCUUAUCAGUGGAGGUUCAGCUGACAGACGCCAAAGGAGUUAACGACGGAAGCAGACAUGCCGUUGUCGUGAAAAGCAAGGUCAACAACAAGCUUAUUUUAAUUGAUCGAGUCGUCGUCGUAGCGAGAGUGCCACUCGACUCCUUUCUCCACGUGAACCUGAAAUUGGUCGGCCAUCCCACAGUGAAUGUGGGUGAAUAUGUGGUGGAUGUACAAGCAAAUUUAUCAAGACAAUCAACACUCGAGUGUCACAAGGCUUCGUUUUGGCUCUUGCAUGGCGGUGCUUUUACCGUCAAUGUGGUGCCAGCGGAUCCAAAUGAUGACGGAUUGAUCCUCGUCCCGGUGUCUAACGGAAGAGGCGUCAGGAUGCUUGAGUUUCCGCAGGGAGGCAUUUACUUCGGUGUGAGUACAGUCAUCAGACUAGUUCUUAGGCCUCUGCCAAGCGUGAAGGUAACCAAGAACGUUAACAUUGACCUGAGCGGUAUGUUGCGGUGCCAUACAUACAGCCAAAAGCCGAAUAACCACGAACCCAUCCACCGUCCUCCAAUCUACUUCAGCCAGACCGUGCGACUUGUUGCCGCUGCAGUUCCGGAUGUGGCUGUGGACUACCAAACCCAUUCCGCCUGCUUCCGCGCUUUCGACAGCUCACCAAGGAAAUGGAGCUAUUUGGAUAAUCGCAUAGCUCAGGUGGUAUCGUACAUUUCGAAGGAGAAUGUGCUGCUGGCCACAUCCAGCUGUGGAAAAGAGUACUUUCAAAGCAUGGAUUCCGGCGAUUCAUGGGUAUCAAUCGACCGACCACACUUUCUGCACUGGAACUCCUACCCCGAGACACGUCCAAUGGUGUCGGUCCCCUGGACGAUUGUACCUCCGGGAUUUCAACCGUCUUCAACAGGUUCAAGUUGUACUACCUACCAGGUUCGACAGUGGCACUAUAAUAAUCCGCCGGAAUUCACAGCCUCAGAAUAUUUAGUGAGGCCACGCUUGCACGAUUAUACGCAGAAGGUGGUUCAGCUCAUCGCCACCGACAAGGAUCUUUGUGUCUCACCGAAUUUUCCUCUUGCUGAUUGUCAAAGCAUGGAGUACCUUAUUACCUAUGCAGCCUCCGAGCCACCUCUCUUCAAGAUUAACCACAAAGGGAAAAUUUACUUCAACACAAAUGCUGAUUUCAAAGUCUGGAAGACCAUCGGACGGGCCUCGUUUACUGUAGUAGCGAGAAACUACGGUGAGUUCAAAGAGGCGAAUGGAUCGACGCGGGUGACAGUGUUGAAUGGACCUCCAUACGGUUUCUUUGAAGUACCGUCAAACACACCGGAUGCUGACAGCGAUCAGUCACAGGAUUGCACAUUGCCGAUGCAGCCACGUAUGACUAUCAAACCACCUGAAUUGACAACGACUCCCUCCGAAUUCGGAACGAAGUUCACCAUCCAACUUUGUCUUCCGGUGGACUACACUCUGAAUGGUAUUCUGCGAAUACUCGGACCCUUUAAAAUGAAAGAAACUAUCACAGGUGGCUCUAUUCACAUAGUUGGCGUGACCUACGCAAGCCCCGAGUUCGAUCUCGAUGACGCUGAUCUGGUCGUCAUUGAUUUCUCCGACGUUACCAUAACUCUGAACAGCACACUAAUUGACGUAAGACAAAUUGUAACAACUUUUCCAAUUGGGCAAGGAACUGAGCCCUUGGAAAACGCGACAUCAACGGAUCAAUCAAGCACGAUUCUCGAGCUGUCCUUCGAAGUUGGCGAUAACUUCCUCGCGCUUGUUCCACACUCCCCACUGCAAGAGACUUCGCUUAUAUUUGAAAUCGACAUUUUCGUUCCCGUUGCGCUUGCCGAACACCUGAAGUGCCAGUUUCAAGUGAAGAACAUCAGUGGUUCUAAUGAAGCUUCAAUUGAAUCAACAUACAAGAUUUCCAAAAUCUUUGACGUUUCAUUCAGUGCGCUGGGACCUGAGGCUGCAUCGGAGGCUGCAACUCAGAUCCUGGAAAUUUCCGUCAUCACAUCUGUUGUCACAUCCUUAACCAUCACGUUUCAACUAACCUCCGAUGCUUUCUGUGAAGGCGUCUAUCCUUUGCAUGCUCGAAUCUCUGGUUUAGACAGGGGGAUCACAGUAGAAACGAAUUGCAAACCAAUGUUGACAAGAAGAAAGGGAGAGGUGUUGUUGACGCAGCACGGAAUAACGUCAACAGCCUUACAUGCACGAAUAACCUGGAACCUCUACCUGCAAUUUUCAUCGGCUGCUCCACCUCGUGUUGUCAUUGAUUUGGCAACAUCAAUUGAGGGUCAGAGUUGGCGGCGAAGCAUCACUCUGAAGUUCAGCGAUUUCAGGGUCGUGCCACCAGCCACUGGCGUCUCGAAGUUCACGAUAAAUUCCAUCGGAGUGUUUCCACUGGGAGGAAUUCGAACUUUUCUUAUCACUGUAACACCACAGCCCUUCACUCUAUCUGACUACACACUGAAGUGCUAUGCCGAAGUUUCCAAUUCAAAUGAAAGGUUGCCCAGUAGACUGAAGUUCAGUGAUUGGGCUGCCGUGAACCAUGCCUUUCCAAACGUCUACUCUAAUCGCGGUCGGUGCUCAGGGAAUACGGUGAAUUUCGGCAAGGUUUUUAUUCCUGGUAAGCUUAAAGUACCUGCUUCCACUGCCCUGCUUUGGUGA